GCGCGAAUUCUGGGGCGCAAGGUAUUUUCUCCCUCCUUCGUUUUACUCUAAACCCAUUUUUUCUGUAGGUAUCAUGUGGCCAGUUGAAUACCAAUCCUAUGACGUUUCAAACUCGUGCACGUGGAACGGUACAGAAUCCAUCUCUCCAAGGUGUUUUUGAGACGCAUACUGCAGCGAUUAAACGUGAGCGUCCCCGUUCGUUUAGUUACGACUGCCAAGAUGUUGAAUGGCGUACUUUCCUAGAUGACCCUGUACGACGAACAAAUAAUUUAAUCCCACUGAUCGAUAAGGACACACAAAUCGCCUACCUCCUCGCAGCACCAUGCGCGCAACUGGUAUACGAUUGGCGAUACCCACCCUCUCUCUAUUUUCCACCAUCAUCUUCAUAUGCAGGAUGGGGAUCUGAGCGAGUACUCACGCUAGCACCGCACAACCGAAUACGACUGAUCAGCCAAGACUUUCCCUGGAUAUUCAACAUCAGCCCUGAACCCAGUGCUGCAGAACAGGGUAUAACGUGUUUCCAUUUCCCCAAUCCGCUGCAUGCUGCAUUGCAACGUCCACCAUCAGAUACAGAGUGGGGAGCCGCUGCGCAGGACAAACAAGUGAGCCUCAUCAGAGCGCGCGAUCGUCGGCUAAAUAUGAAACCUGCUUUGUGGCUCCAAUCUGGAUAUGAUGCAGAUGCACAACCUGCGCGACGAGAGCCUCUAAUACUCCGUGUAGACUGACUUGGGUAUCGUGUUGCGUUUGGGGGGUUCGUCAAGGAUGAGGCGUUUGCGAGGUGACUCAUUCCGCGUGCGGGAGAGCCAUCUGAGACAUGGGUUGUGAGGUUCAAGAGCCUAUCAUAAUAAGCAUGCCUGGAUGAAAUGUACAUACCUUUUAUGUAUCGGUUUUCGAGGUUUCGAGACAUGAAAUUGGUUCUGCGCGUCACAGGGGCUAUUGCGCCUCAGACAUGUACCGAAAGUUUGCAUCGCUAUAUACACGAGCCUUGGCUAGCAUAUAUGACUUGACGGACAUAGCGUAUUCUAUGACUAAACGUAGCUACCUAUAUGGACUCGAUAAAAUCUGGCCAUGUCAACGAAAG